GCGGCGCCGUUCAGUGUCAAACCUGCAGACAGCCUGCAGACGGGUCUGCUCCACAAAUAUGCAGCACCGGUGGAGGUAGGCUUCUGUUUCCCGUGACUCAUUCGUGCGCAAUGACAAUAAACAGACAAGGCUUGCUCUAAAUGUCAGCAAAUCAUACCCACUUCAACAAAAGCAAGGUCACCUUGAUUUGGAUCUAGUGGAGAACUGAAGCUCGGGUCUGUUUUUUCUUCUUCUUCUUCUUCUUCUUCUUCUGCUUGGAGUGUACCAAAAAAGCGCAGCCUCUCCUCCAGGACUUAAUUUGGUGGUAAAUUCACUUUGUUCGUUUUUUUUUUUCGCCUUGGACUGCACCUGUUCACCUGGAUACACACAAUCACGUGAGCCUCACUUUUCAUCUUGGAUAGUAAAAAAGAUUUGGGGGUGAAUAAAGAAAAAAAGAAAAGUGACCAGGCUUUUUGAGGUGAGGACUUUGGCACAGGGUCUCGGGAGCGAUGGCGGCGUCUGCACCCUCCUCCUCUGGCGGCGAACCGGAUCCCAACUCGACAAAUUUACGACCACCGGGCUCAAGCUAUGACGCUUGGUGUGGAGUUGCUCAUGGAUGUACUAGAAAAUUGGGAAUGAAGAUAUGUGGAUUUUUGCAGAAGAACAACAGUUUGGAGGAGAGGAGCAGGAUUGUGAGUUCCUUCAAGGAGCGCACAGCCAAGAACCUGCUGUCCUGCGACAACAGCGGCGGAGAAGCGCGUUUCAGACGCACAGAGACGGAUUUCUCUAAUCUGUUCGCCAGAGAUCUGUUGCCUGCUAAAAAUGGAGAGGAGCAAACCAUGCAGUUCUUGCUGGAAGUCGUGGAAAUCCUCACCAACUACAUCCGCAAGACCUUCGACAGAUCCACCAAGGUGCUGGACUUCCACCACCCCCACCAGCUGCUGGAGGGCAUGGAGGGCUUCAACCUGGAGCUCUCCGACCAACCCGAGUCUCUGGAGCAGAUCCUGGUGGACUGCAGGGACACCCUGAAAUAUGGAGUAAGAACAGGUCACCCCAGGUUCUUUAACCAGCUGUCCACUGGAUUAGACAUCGUUGGGCUGGCGGGAGAGUGGCUUACCUCUACAGCCAACACUAACAUGUUUACCUAUGAGAUCGCCCCUGUCUUUGUACUGAUGGAGCAACUGACGCUGAAAAAGAUGAGAGAAAUCAUUGGCUGGCCUGACAGAGAGGGUGAUGGAAUAUUUUCUCCAGGAGGAGCAAUCUCCAACAUGUACAGUGUGAUGAUUGCCAGAUACAAGUUUUUUCCCGAAGUCAAAACCAAAGGCAUGGCAGCUGCACCCAGACUGGUCCUCUUCACUUCAGAGCAUAGCCACUAUUCCAUCAAGAAAGCCAGUGCAGCUCUGGGCUUUGGAACAGAAAACCUGAUCCUUUUGAACACAGAUGAGAGAGGGAGAGUCAUUCCUGCUGAUUUGGAAGCCAAAGUAAUAGAGGCCAAGCAAAAGGGGUAUGUUCCGAUGUUUGUGAAUGCUACCGCUGGAACCACCGUCUACGGAGCCUUUGAUCCCAUCAAUGAAAUUGCAGACAUCUGUGAAAAGUACAAUAUUUGGCUUCAUGUGGAUGGUGCUUGGGGAGGAGGUUUGCUGAUGUCCAGAAAACACAGACACAAGCUGAACGGAGUGGAGAGGGCCAACUCAGUCACCUGGAACCCUCAUAAGAUGAUGGGAGUGCCACUGCAGUGUUCUGCCAUUCUGGUUAGGGAGAGGGGAUUACUACAAGGCUGCAACUCCAUGUGUGCUGGCUACCUCUUCCAGCCAGAUAAACAGUACGAUGUUACAUACGACACAGGCGACAAGGCCAUUCAGUGCGGCCGGCAUGUUGAUAUCUUUAAGUUCUGGCUCAUGUGGAAGGCAAAGGGAACAGUAGGAUUUGAGCAGCAUAUUGACAAGUGCCUGGAUCUGUCAGCGUACCUCUACAAUAAGAUAAAAAACAGAGAGGGCUUCGAGAUGGUGUUUAACGGAGAGCCGCAGCACACCAACGUCUGCUUCUGGUACAUUCCACUGAGCCUGCGAGGCGUACCUGAUGGUGAAGGGAGGCGGGAGAGGUUGCACAAGGUGGCCCCAAAGAUCAAGGCCAUGAUGAUGGAGUCUGGGACUACGAUGGUGGGCUACCAGCCGCAAGGAGACAAGGUCAACUUCUUCCGCAUGGUCAUCUCCAACCCUGCUGCUACCAGGUCAGACAUUGACUUCCUGAUUGAGGAGAUCGAGCGACUGGGGCAUGACUUGUAAGAGCCACACCUGUAUUGUAAAGCCAACCCUCCAACCACCCCCCUCAACACCCAACCCCCAACCCCCCCCACC